AUGGCAGAUUCUGAUUCGGAUAGUGGCUUGGUUAAAGAGAAUCCGGAUUUCAAAACGUUGCCACAAGAUGUUGCCGAGUCAAUUAUGGAUGUGUUGGAGGAUCCUCCAGGCAACAAUUUGUAUAAUAAUUUAAAGGAAGUACUGACUAGCAGACAUUCAAUAAGUUUGGAAAGGAGAAUUAAGAAGUUAAUAUCGGACGAGGAGAAAGGAGACAGACGACCAUCAGAGUUUUUCCAUCACUUGAAGCAACUGGCAGGUUCAGUAGCUAUGCCAGGUGAGGAAUUCAUCAAGGAACUUUGGUUAAGCCGUCUUCCACACGUAAUAAACAUCGAUCUAAUUUCGCAAAACGUACAAAAUGAAAAAAUGCCAGGAAGUGUGUUGCACCAUGCAAGCGUUAAGACUCUAGAUUUCCUUGGUCAUACUGUUACUCGUGAAGGCAGUAGGCCAUCAAGCGAGAAGCUCUGUACCAUUCGUAAUUUCGCCACACCUCAAUCAAUCAAACAGACUCAGCGUUUUGCGGGAAUGGUUUGCAGAAUGCAAUUAGAAAUUGAAGAGGUUCUUGGAACUAAAUAA